GUCAACUCCUGCAUUCCUCUGAGCAUAUUAAUCCUCCAUUUAUUAAAAUUCAGUAUCAUCUUGGAUUGUUUUCGUUCCCUGGUUCUUUUGGCGUGCUUCUGUCCCUCAUUGCUUGGCACAGCGUGCUGUUUCGGUCUCAGCCCCAUUCUCAGCCGCAGCCCUCAGCCUCAUGCUGUCCUUUCAACUGCUUCCCGCUCCGUCCAUUAGUCCCAUCUCCAGGAGUCUGAAAUGCCCCUGGCGCAUCCCAAGAUGGCGGAGAGGAUUGUUUCGUUGAAGAACUCAACGUUUGCUCUGUGCUCGACCAUCAACAAGCACCUCAAGGCCUCCACCUCAACACACAACAACGACCUCAAGGCCCUGGUCGUUGAGCUGCGGUUGCUCGGAGGAUCCCUUUACAGCCUCGAACAGCUCAUCCUUGAGUUGCAAGGAACUGAAGAGGAUGUUUCCAAUGCGUCUGGUCCCGCUGAGCGGCCCAGCUGGCCGGCAGUCGACGGCUGCGAGCUCCUAGUCCAGGCUCUCCAAACCUUGCACGCAAUGGCAGACCCCGAUGGGCUCAAACAUGCCAAGUCGGCACUAAUUGGAUAUCGCUCCAAGUUUGGGUUCAUUCUUGGCUCGUCGGAAUCCCUUCAGGAUGUGGAUCUCCAUUUCUGCGUCCUCGGAAAAGAGCCCACGCCACGGCUACGCCGCAAGGACCAAAGCGUCGAAGACGCUCAAGAUUUGUCUCUUUCUGGUUCUUACGCUGUCAAAGAGGACCCAAGCCCGAAAAUCCUGUCAACUUGGAUGGAAAUUCUCAACUCUCCUGACCACAACCGUGAGCCGGCGGAGUACGCGGGAGAAAUGGCCAAUGUCCAAUCCCGUCGCCUCACGUCACCGCUGUAUCGGACGGCGGCAGUCCGAUGGCCAGCCUACGCUGAGGUUCACUGGCCAGACCUCGGAUCUCAAAUCUGCUCCCUUUUCCAGAAACCGGGGCCCUUCAACUUUGUGCAAUGGGUGCUCGAGUAUGCCAGAGAGACGUAUCCUCGCACCUUUGGCAGUUUGGCCAUGUCACCCAAGUCACUGCUGGAACUGACAGAUGCUCUGUGCAAUGGAUCUAUCUCGCCACUUCACAUGGCUGCUGCACUUGGUUUACCCAGCCUUUGCAAAGAUCUGCUCUCUGAAGGGGCCGACGUCAACGAUAUAGGCUUCCUCGGUAGCCCCUUGUUCUGUGCCUUUGUCGGCCCCAAAGUGUUGACAACACGAGCAGAGCCAGAGUCAUGGGCCUCUCUGCUCAACUGCGACCACGCUGGUAAGGAUCGCGCCGCCACAAUCAUCUUGCUUCUUGAUAAAGGCGCGGAUUGCGGGUACAAGUACCAAUGGAAGAACGCUGAGGAGGUGUCACUCGCGGGCUUAAGCUUGUGGGCAGCGUUGAUCAACGAUCAUGACCCUAUCUUCAAUAUCACGGUGGCCAGAGGCGCUGGCCUCGACGGCGCCAUAAUCCAACUCAUCCAACGCGAGAAAUUUGGGGAUCCAGCCGUCGCAUCACAAGUUAGGGUCUCUCGCCUGCUUACCUUUUUAUUCGACCUCACUCUAGCUCCCGAGGCCGAAAAGGACCCAAACGCAGAAGAGCUUCGAGAAGCAGUUCGCCUACUUAUGAAGGAGUCGGGCAUUAUAUUUGCUGGUGCGCAAGAUGGCCAGUGCGUGCCUGGCCUUGGAGAUGCCAAGUUUCGGUUUCUCGUCCGAGAGUCUAUUGUGAAUUCUGAUUCAUUCCUCUUUCAUCGCCUAAUUCUGGAUCCGAGAUUCGAUCCCGACCUGUCCUUUGACGAGCGUCAGGUUGGAGGCACCAUUCUUCAUAUGGCCACCGAGGGUGGUCAUGUCGAGAUUAUUGACAGCCUCAUCAAGGCCGGGGCCAGCUUGACAGCAACUGACGCCGAAGGUCGUACCCCAAUGAUGGUUGUUGAGGAGCCGCCGGUGCUGUCAAAAUUGGUCCUGGAAUACGGCGCUACAACGACCGACGUAGAUAACAACGGGCGAACAAUAUGGCACCUCGCUGCAUCAACAAACUACGCCGAGCUUAUCAAAUGGCUACGCGAAAAUGACCCAUGCAAGCAACAGAAUCUGGCUACGAGGAACUUGUUAGGCUGCACGCCUCUAGACGAUGCCUUCUUGUACAUCUACAGCCUAAGAAGCCUCCCCAAGGGGUGGAAACAAACACCGCCAGUGGCCGCCAGAACUCUCCUCGCAGAUUACGACACAAUCCCACCUGUGGAGUCCACAGCCGCACUUCUCCAUUGUGCCAUCGAGUGGGGUGAACUAGACUUGCUGGACGAUUUGAUCAAGCUUGGCUGUAAACCAGACAAGUCUCAGGGUCCACUCCUUCGCAGCCUCAAUCUCUCAGCUUCCAACGAAAUGCUGGAGAGAGUUUUGGAGCUGUGCAAGGAUUCAAGUCUCAUAUUUGACGACGGGGCCUCAGUGGCAGAGACAAUUCUCACCAACACUGUACUCGACAUUCGUCAAAAUGACGCGACCUUUGCCCAUCCAACGGCUCAUCCGUCUUGUUAUCCGAAGCUCACGGAAAGCGCUUAUGAGAAGCUUCUGACACCUGAGGUCCUCAAAUCUCGAGACUCCCGUGGUCGGGGUAUUUGGGAACGGUUUUGCGAUAACGUCUUGCCGAUGGUUUCUGGGCCGUCAUGCCAACAUCCACAACAGCUGUUGUUUUUGUCAAGCUUCAUUUGCACCGCACUUGCAUCCCUCAAUAGCCAUGGAGUUUUGGAAGCCUAUGAGCAAGACACUGGGAGUUGGGCAGUUCUUUAUAUGGCCGAUCGUACCGGUGCCAGUCCGUCAUGGGAGCGCUGGCAAUUCCCUUUCAUUCCAUAUGCCCUGGACUUUUCUACCCCGAGUGGAGAUGGGCCCAAGUUUGUCGACUCCACAGCCGGACUACUUCUCUUGGCCCAAGCGGUUCGGCGUGGCCAAGCGUCGUUGGUCGAGUUAUUAAUUGCAAAGGGCGUGAAAGUCCACAUUCAACGACCAGACCUGUACAACAAAUCUCUGCUCCAGCAUCUCAUUCCAGAUGUCAUCUUGAUUGGGCCGAUCUUAGAGACACUGCUAGAGUCUCUUGAGCCACUUUCCCUGGUAGAUCAACAGCAUAGACUCUUUAGAGCCUUGUUGGAACUGCGUCGGGAAUCCCAUUCACUUAGGAUACUGAAGGCUUUACUGGUGCAGAAGCUAAUUGAUCCGAAUCAAGUCUCAACCGGUCAGCCAGACCCGCGGACUAUGCUUCAAGAGGCGAUAGAUGAUAGGAGACCUGAUCUAGCGCUAGUGUUGCUCGACCAUGGGGCUGACCCAGCCUUGACAGAGAACGGAGACCACGCUGUCCUCGCGGCAGCCAAGGGAGGAUACGUGGACAUAUUCAACAAGGUCGCCGAAGUAGCCGGUUCCGAUUUCAACUGGCAUUGCUAUUAUGAUGUGAGCGGCGAGCGCACAUUCAAUGCGCUACAGGUUGCUGCAGCAAAUGGACGGCCGAACGCUCUGUCGUGGCUCCUAGAGCGGACGUCACUACGCUUUGAUAUAGAUGGAGGGUCUCCCAGAAAUAGCCUCGCACCCAUUCACCUAGCCGUCAAGGGCGGGUCGCUGAGCUGCGUUAGGGUUCUCGACGACAGCGGCGCAAACUUGGAGAUCCAGGACUCAAAUGGUUCCACGCCGCUUAUGUUGGCCAUCCGAGGGGAGCAUGAGGACAUUUUCCGUUAUCUCUUGGACGUCGGCGUCAAUACUGAACUCGAUCGGUAUGGGAUCCACAUCGCAUCGAGUAAGAGUCGCGCCGCAGCCGGAUUCAUCAGUGAAUUUGUGGCGGACAAACUCGGAGUCACUCCACCCGAGCCCUUGAGAUUACCUGAUCCUGUAAAGCUUGGGUCUUGUCUCGCGGACUUGAUAGAACACUGCCAUUCGCAGAGCGAGGGAGUCAUUGCAAAGGUUCUCACUCACGUCCCAAAGGAGUUUUUGCUCUCUGCUGUCCUGCCCUGCCGUGGCUGCACGCUUCUCAGUUUCGCCGGCGCCCAUGGCUGCACCCACAUGAUGCUUGAGCUCGUCGAAGGGGGGUUCGGAGGCUUCAUUACCGGUUGCGCCAGUCACUGGCCCGUUGGCUACAACGUCCUCCAUCAUGCGUGUUUCGGCCUUCUCCGGCAACUGGACCACGAGGAGCCGGAGCUCAUCGAAACCACCAUCAUCUUCAUUCGAAAGUGUCUGGACGCCUACCUAGCAGAGGGCAUCUUAUGGUUUCUUGUAGACUCCACGCCUCUUCACGCAAUUGUACAGUUUGGGGGUGUCACUCACGGCGAGCGCUUCGAAAUCCGGGAAAGGGCACUUCGAGUGUUGUUGAACCACCUCGACGCGCGUGCCGACGAGUAUUGGAAACUGGUGGAAGAAGCAGGAGUGUUGCAAGCGUCCGACUACGUUGAAGGUGAGAACACGGCGACGAGACUCAAGCGCUACGUCGUCAACAUUCGGCGCAGCUCAGUGGAUUGGCUGGGGUAUUCCGGCGGCACCCUUCCAAACGCCCUUCAUCUACUCAUUGAUGGGCUCGGCCCCACCCUUGAGCCGGCGGAAGAAUCACAGAGAAGCAUGCUCCAGCUCCUGAUAUCAAACGGGAUAGACGUCGACGCCAAGGACGGAGACUCUAUGACGGCCCUCCACUUGGCGUGUUUAAGGGGAAACCUCGCCGUGGUCAAGAUCCUCAUCGAGGCCGGAGCCGAUCCCAACGUGCGGGACGACACGGGCGCCUCCCCUUUGUCUCGGGCCAUUGACUGCUCUCUCAUGGAACCAGUCCGCUAUUUGAUCGAACAUGGCGCUGACCUCACGACGUUUACUGGAUUACCUUAUUUUCUGCACAAGAGCCCGAGCUCGAACACGGCCUACAUGAAAGAGGUUUCCAAGCUUGGAUUGGACUGGUACGCAACCUCCCCCGGAAACUCGAGCAUCGCCUUGAUGAUGAUUGUCGUGACGCCCUGUACAAGAAUGACCAUCUUGAACGGCAACGCCGAUAUCGACUUUGCCCGCCUCGCCUCCGAAAGACCGACGCUUCUCAACUUGCUCAUAUCUCGUCACUGCACACCUAGCGAGGUCAAGAAGGUCCUGAAGCGUGCUCCACAAGAGUGCCACAGCCAAAUCUUACACCCAGAUCCAUCCGCCAGCGUGCAACCUUCCUGUCUGCCCAUUCGCAAGGGGGACGUAGCCAUGCUCGAAAUGCUCCUCAACUUUGGAUGGGACAUGGAGAAGGAGAUUUCCGAAGAAGGCUCCGCCCUCAUGUUGGCUUGCAGCGUGGGCCAGUUGCAUGUCGUCAGCCUGCUGGUCCGCCGCGGCGCGCGACUCGCCUACGUCGCCACAAACAGCCGUGGCCAGAGGGUCCUCAGAUCUGUAUUCAAGGCAGGACGAUAUCAGAAAUCUGUCAUAAGGUGGUUGCUAGUCGGACGCCACCAGCAGUGGAACUUCCUCGAGGAGGCAGAUGACGCUUCACCUGAGGUAGCCACCAAGUUAUGGUCGGGUCCUCGCAAGGGCGCUCACAAACUCCCUGGGCUUGAUGAGCUUUACAUCAGAGCUUCAGGGAAUACGUACAAGGACAAGCUCGCGGUUCUCCGCCGCGUUGCGCAGAUCCGCAAGAAACUUGCCAAUAAGAUUGUGCACGUCACGCUGGUUGAAUAAUUGGAUAACAAGGAAUGGGAGGAUUUCAGCAAAUAUUUUGGAGACUGUGAUAUAGGCAUGGCCCUUGGGUAGCAAUCAAUGCUGAUGGAUACGAGGUUCGGCGUUUGGAUAGGAACCGUAGAAGUUCCGUGAGGGAUCGGGGCUAGAAUGAAGUAAUGAUAUUCACUUUUUGACG